GGAGUGGGACCGACCUUUCUCACGAACCAGUUUUGAGCCAACAGUUUAAAGGCAGUGACGGCAACCUCCACUCCACAUUUCACAGUUCCGCCUCCUUCUGUCACACAGCCGAGGGCGCGUGCAGUCCAGUCACUCGUAACCAGACCGUGAUUAUGGCUUCCUCCCAGAAAUGCCGUGGAAAAGGAAGCUGUGCUCCUGGGGCUGUACCCAAAGGCCAGAUACGAAUCUACAGUAUGAGAUUCUGCCCAUAUGCCCAAAGAACCAGACUGGUGCUCAAUGCAAAGGGUAUAGAGUCUGAAACUGUCAACAUCAAUUUGAAAGAGAAGCCCGAGUGGUAUCUGGAGAAGAACCCUCUUGGCCUAGUGCCUACACUGGAGACUCCCGGUGGUCAGGUGGUCUAUGAAUCAGCAAUUACAUGUGAAUACCUGGAUGAGGUAUACCCUGAGAAAAAACUGUUUCCCUCUGACCCCUUUGCAAAAGCCCAGCAGAAGAUGUUGUUGGAGGAUUACUCAAAGAUCGUUCCUCUGUUCUACAAAAUUCCCAUGACCAGAAUAAAAGGUGAGGAUGUGUCAGCACUAGAAGCAGAGUUGAGGGAAAAGCUCUCCAAACUGAACAAGGUUCUUGUUGAUAAGAAAUACAAAUACUUUGGAGGUGAUACACUCACUAUGAUUGACUACCUGAUCUGGCCGUGGUUUGAGAGGGUGGAGGCCUGGCAACUCAAACACUGUCUGGAUGGCACUCCUGAGCUGAACAACUGGAUUUUACGUAUGCGAGAGGAUCCAGCAGUGAAGGCAGUCAUGUUCAGUACAGAUGCCCACAAAGCCUUUUUUGCCUCAUUCAUGGAGGGAAAGCCCAAUUAUGACUAUGGCUUAUAAAAAUGUCUAUAAUGAAAUCAUUUUAACUCUAAAAUGAAUACUCAUUGUUUUUCAGUACAGACUUUUGUACAAAUAUAAUGCCUUGUCACCCACUGUGUCAUGAAAUGGUAUUAAAGUCUCUUUGCUUAA